AGUCACUUGAUGGGUAUCCCUUCGCGAGGGGCAAGGUUGUGGUCAUGGAGAGUGGGGACCAUUUCGAAGAGUCCUCGAGGAGUGUACCGGCAGAUGUGUGACUGGGCCCCUCUUGUGCGCCAACGGAGACGCCUUUCAACGGGGGGUUCCACGAAGACGAGUGGAUGGCUGAAGGCAACGCGGAACAUAGGAGUGUUCGCUCACGUUGAUGCGGGCAAGACAACUACUACUGAGCGAAUGUUGGUGCAUGCUGGGGAGAUCAGGGCUCCAGGGUCGGUCGAUGAGGGCACGACUCAAAUGGACUAUAUGAAGCAGGAGCAGCUACGGGGUAUCACCAUAAGGGCCGCGGCGACGACCUUCGCUUGGAAAGGGUAUAUAGUCAAUCUAGUGGACACCCCUGGUCACGUGGACUUCACAGCUGAGGUCCAGAGGGCUGUUAGGGUCCUCGAUGGUGCUGUAGUAGUAAUAGAUGGUACGGCGGGGGUGCAGGCCCAGACUCGUACAAUAUGGCGACAGACUGAGCAUUUACCGAGGCUUAUCUUUGUCAAUAAGUUGGACCGUGAAGGCUGCACAUAUAAGAUGAAUAUGGGCAGUUUGAAUACAAGGCUGCCGCCCAGCAAGGCCCGGCCAUUGGCAAUACAGUACCCUUUGUGGAAGCCACGUGGAGCCCUACGUGCAGUCGUGGAUCUCCUCACCACUAAGGCCUACUCGUUCGAAGGGAAGCAUGGUACGUCGGUGGUAGAGGGUACUAUUAGUGAUGAUGAGCUAACGGAAGUGAUGGAGGCUAGGAAUGAGCUCCUUGAGACCCUUGCAAUAUUGGAUGAGGACUUCGGCACAGCAUAUUUGGAUCGAUCGGAGGAGGACCCCGCGAUAGUUGCGGAUGCAGUCAGGCGUCAGUGCUUGCAGAGGACCAUAUCGCCGGUGGUCUUCGGGUCGGCUCUCGGGAAUCAGGGCAUACAGCAAUUGCUUGACGCUGUGGCUCUGUACUUGCCCAAUCCUAUUGAUGCCCAUGUAGCGAGGCCAGAGCACGUCCCCGAUCCGAAGGAGACCGGGGUCCUAGUGGAGUCUUUCAAAGUUCUGCCACCAAUGGGGAGGGAGGAGAAGGAUAACAGCAAUAUAGUCUACUGCAGGGUCCUCUCUGGCGUCCUCAAAGGCCGGGCUGCAGUGACGAAUCAAACGCGGAAGGCUAGAGGGAAGGGGAAGCUUGUUGAGAACAUCCGGGAGGUAUUCCAUCCAAAGGCGUCUGAAAUCGAGCCUUGUAAGGAGCUCAGAGGUGGAGAGGUUGGGGUCGUGAUUGGAUUGAACAACGUGCGUAGUGGGGAUAUCCUCACUAGCGGCAGUGCCGAACAGCUGAAGAAGUUGUCGCUCGUGAUAGCCAAUCGCAUGAAGGAUGCCGCUGCCCAUGCACCAAGCUGUGUGUGCUUUGCUCCCUUCACCACCCCGACCCUACAGCAGGACCAGGAGUUGAUCAAGGCACUGGAUCGAAUGAUGCUUGAGGACCCCAGCAUUGAAUUCCGAAAAGACAAGUCUGAGCAGAUUCUAGUGUGGGGUAUGGGAGAUCUCCAUCUAGAGCUGUGUCGAGAUAGGAUCCGGGACGAGUUCAACAUACCGGUGGAGAUGGGCAAGCUGCAUGUCACUUACCGUGAGCAUGUGGCUGGCGAGGUGCGGAUGAGCUUCCAUGACGAAACCGGAGGAAGCGGCGUCCACUUGGAUGUGUCCCUCGGGCCUGCUCGUGCUCUACCUAAUGUGUAUGGGGGCGAGAUAGCUGGAGAGGAAGCCUAUGCUAAUGAAGUGGUCUUCUCGAAGGAGAUUGACGGUGGGUCGAUGAAGGUCCACAAUGUCCUCCGAGAGAAGAUAGAGCAGUGGCUGCAGGACAGCUUCCAGUCCGGUCCUAGACUCUAUGCCGAGUUUGCUGCCACACGGGUGACGAUUCAUCGAAUUGAAGCUAAUAACCCCACUGGACUCCGUAUGCAUCUGGCGAAGCUCUUUACAGACCUGUCGAGGCAGGCUCUAAGUGAUGGUCAUAUAAUUGUUCUAGAGCCAGUAGUGUCCCUGACCAUAUCAGGCCCGCCAAGCGUCAGAGGAACGUUGAGUGGCCCAGUGUACGCGGAGAUAGUCCGGCAUCGGCGAGGGUUUGUGGCCAGCUCUGACUUGAAGGAUGAGUACACCUUCGAAAUGCAGGCAUUCCUCCCGCAGUCCCACAUGAGCGGGUACGCGUCCCAAAUACGGAGGAUGACCAGCGGCCAGGCGGACAUCCAUUUACUUCCAGCGGGCCUUGCAGAGGCCCAGGAGGAUACCUUACCAGUGUAUCAGACAACACUACACGGUCUGGAGGAGGACGUCCACGUCUAUGAUGAUGAUCAUAGUGCACGAGUUGACUACUCCAAUGUGGAGGACUUGCUUGAGAAUUGA